AAUUUUCUAACCCCAUUCUCUUUCUGUCCCCCUCUGUCUUGUCUGCUCUUUCUCUCUCUUCUUCCGCUUUCUCUCUCUACAUCCCUAUCUCCCUCUCUCUCAAAAAACGCAGAAAUGCGGUAAUUUAUUUUGCAAUGAUUAUAGAUAGGGUUCCCAUUUUCUGCAUGAACGUAUAAUCGAUUUCUUUUCUGAUUAGGGUUCCACUAUAUUAAUUUUUAUUUGAGAGAGUUGGAAGAUUUAGGGUUUUUCCCAAUCUUGAUGUUCAACCAAAAUCCCCCCCUUUUGAUUUGAGCCGGCAAAGAUUGUUUCUUUAUUAAUUAAAUGUUAAAUGUAUAUGGCUAGUUAGUUAGUUCCGUGUACAGCAAGUUGUGCAAAUUUGAUUGAUUCUUUUUCUGGGGCAUAAAAAUUGCCUUUUUAAUUGAGCUUCUUUUUAACAUAAUUUCUGGAAUUUAAGAGCUAAAAGUUUUGACUUUUGGUUGAUUUGGGGGUAAAUCUGACUCCCCCGACAGAUUAAUUUUGUUGAUUGUUUGGGGGUGCAGUAGAUUGAAAGGGGUAAAAAGAAGGGGGAAGAAGCAGAAAAAAAAAAGAAAAAGUGGAUAAAAGAUGGAUCAGAUUAUUGGUGGAAAGUUCAAGAUGGGCAGAAAAAUUGGAAGUGGAUCAUUUGGGGAGCUCUAUUUAGGGGUCAAUAUCCAAACUGGUGAGGAAGUAGCUGUGAAGAUGGAAUCUGUGAAGACCAAGCAUCCCCAACUACACUAUGAAUCAAAGUUGUACAUGCUUCUUCAAGGAGGAACUGGAGUGCCCCAUCUCAAAUGGUUUGGAGUUGAAGGUGAACAUAAUGUAAUGGUGAUUGAUCUUCUGGGACCAAGUCUGGAAGACCUAUUUAACUACUGCAGUAGGAAGUUGUCGCUGAAAACAGUACUAAUGCUUGCCGACCAGUUAAUCAACAGAGUUGAGUACAUGCAUUCAAGAGGGUUCCUUCACCGUGACAUAAAACCUGACAAUUUCUUAAUGGGACUUGGUCGCAAAGCAAAUCAGGUUUACAUUAUUGAUUAUGGUUUAGCUAAGAAGUACAGGGAUCUGCAAACUCAUAAGCACAUACCAUACAGGGAGAACAAGAGCCUUACUGGUACAGCACGUUAUGCAAGUGUGAAUACUCAUCUUGGAAUUGAGCAAAGUAGACGAGAUGAUCUUGAAUCUCUUGGUUAUGUUCUAAUGUAUUUCCUUAGAGGAAGUCUUCCUUGGCAAGGGCUAAAAGCAAAUACCAAAAAGCAGAAAUAUGAUAAAAUUAGUGAAAAGAAGAUGAUGACUCCCAUAGAGGUGCUUUGCAAAUCAUAUCCUUCAGAGUUUGUAUCAUAUUUCCACUACUGCAGAUCGUUACGCUUCGAAGAUAAGCCUGAUUACGCGUAUUUGAAGAGACUUUUCAGGGACCUAUUUAUUCGAGAAGGUUAUCAAUUCGACUAUGUAUUUGACUGGACUAUAAUGAAGUAUCCACAAAUUGGUGGUAGCUCCAGAACACGGUAUCCUGGUCCUAAGCCAGCUUUAAAUGCAGGACCAUCUGCGGAAAGACCAGAAAGACCCUCAGUGGGGCGCGAGCUUCGGGAUAGACUUACUGGUGCAGUAGAAGCCAUUUCCCGCCGAAAUACUUUAGGUUCUGGUGAUCACUCCAAGCAAAGGAGCUCACAAGACGUAACUACAUCCCGAGACAUGCAAAGGGAUUCUGAGAAGAUGAACAUUUCCCGGGUUAGCAGCUCUACCACACGAAGAGCCACUGCCGUCGCAAGCAACAGGCCGACCUCCUCUAGCGACCUCGGGGAGAGUCGUGCGGGUCGACCAACAACCUCAUCAAGUAUGGCCCACCGCCAUUCCUCGAAUGUACAGAGGCUUCACCAAGGAGUAGAGUCGAGGCCCGCUUCACGAACACGGGCUUCUGCUUCACGGGGAAUCCGUGAUGAUCAUAUCCGUAGCUUUGAACUGCUCUCCCUCAGAAAGUAGUAGUUAUAUUUUGUUCAAAUCUUGCAAAGCCAAAAUGGGUAAUUGCAUUUUGUUUAUCUUAAUCUGGGUGUUGGUGUUGUUCUCGUAUAAAAUUACCAUUUUUAAUUGUCAUGAUAUGAUAUUCUAUCUACCCUUCAUUUUCUGUUAUCCUGAUUAUAGAAUUUUUGACCA